AAAACCCACAACACUUUCUCCAUUUCUCACUCACCUUCUUCACACUCAAAACCUUCUCAAUUUUCCUCUCUUAAACACAAAAUCCACUCAUGGAAAACAAAAUCCAAAACUCAGUUUUACUUGAGUUAUCAGCAACAGAUGAUAUUGAAGCAUUCAAAAGGGAAGUGGAAGAAAAGGGUUGUGAUGUAAAUGAAGCAGGAUUUUGGUAUUGUAGAAAAUUAGGAUCUAAGAAGAUGUGUUAUGAAAAGAGAACACCCCUUAUGGUUGCUUCUUUGUUUGGAAGCAAAAGGGUUGUCAAAUAUAUCAUUCAAUCAAACAUGGUUGAUGUUAGCAUGCCAAUUGGUUGUGAAAAUGUCACCGCGUUACAUUGUGCUGUUUCCGGUGGCUCUGAAUCCACUCUUGAGAUUGUUAAGCUCUUGGUUGAUGCUGGAGCAGAUAUUGAUUGUCUUGAUGAGAUAAUUAAACAGAAAUUUUCAGUUCUUAAUUCAAAAGAAUCAUUAGAAAGUGAGAAGAAAGAGUAUCCUGUUGAUAUAUCAUUGCCUGAUAUAAAUAGCGGUGCUUUCGGAACAGAUGAGUUUAGAAUGUAUAGUUUCAAGGUGAAGACUUGUUCAAGGGGUUACUCUCAUGAUUGGACUGUGUGUCCAUUCGUUCAUCCAGGGGAGAAUGCUAGAAGGAGAGAUCCAAGGAAGUAUCCUUAUAGUUGUGUUCCGUGCCCCGAGUUUCGCAAAGGGACAUGCCAGAAGAAAGAUGCUUGUGAGUAUUCACAUGGUGUCUUUGAGUCUUUGCUUCAUCCUUCACAAUAUAGAACAAGGCUUUGUAAAGAUGAGCUUAAGUGUUCUAGGAAAGUGUGUUUCUUUGCACAUAAACCUGAAGAGUUGCGCCCGUUGUAUGCUUCUACCGGUUCAGCAAUGCCUUCACAAGAAUCCUUACCAGUUUCAAAUGUUUCAACACCAGUCAUGUCUCCCUUGGUAGCUGGUUCAUCUCCUAAGAGUGGAAACUUGUGGCAGAAUAAAACCAAUCAAUCUCCACCUUCAUUGCAACUUCCACGUAGCCACCAGCUGAAACAUACUUCGAGUGCUAAGGAUUUGUAUCAGGAAAUGGCACUUCUUGGUAUAGAAAGAGCUACUAGUCAACAACAGCAGCAGCAGUUGAUUGAAGAAAUUCUUUCAAUGCAACCUUCAACUCCUACUCAAUUUCAAUCGAUGAGUAGGCUUCAGUUGAACCAAAACAGGAACAUUAAUGUUCAAGCAAGUUAUCCAUUCAACAACAUUGUUUCCUCUUCUGUGAGAAAAUCAUCACCACCUGGAUUUGAUUCACCAGCUGCUGUGGCUGCAGCAAUGAUGAAUUCAAGAUCUUCAGCCUUUGCAACACGAAGCCAAAGUUUUAUGGAUCGCGGUGCGGCAAGACACCAUUUUGGUGCUUCCAAACCCAAUGGCAGGAUGAACUCUGAACAAUGGGAUGGUGUGAACAAGUUCCAAAAAUCUGUUUCUUUUGGGUCUAGAAAUAAUGGGGUAGCUGCCUCACCCUUGGCGCAGCAGCCAGAAUAUGUUGAACCGGAUAUCUCGUGGGUUCAUUCGCUUGUUAAAGACGUUUCUUCUGAGAGUUCUGAGAUGUUUGGCACUGAGAAGCAACAUUAUGAUCUCUAUAAACAAACAUUAUCACCAUGGGCAGCCGCAGAGCAGAUUGUAGCAUAAAGUGUCUCUUGAUUAUUCUUACUAAGUAUCAUUAUUAUCUAUUUAUUUAUUAAUUGAAAUGUUGUUAGCAUUCAAAAUUACAUAACAGUAUAUAUAUAGUUAGAUAUAGGAAGAGAGAUGUUACUAAGAAAAAAGUUCAGGUUAGUCCAAAGAAUUGGACAACAUGGAGAUAUUUUUCUGGUUCAAGGAAAUAGUUGAAGAAACUUGCUGAAAGCAACAUUCUGAAUCUUUCCAAUUGUAUUAAUUUCCCCCUUUCCUAAGGGCACAAUAAUUUAAUUAUUAUUGUAUAAA